AUGUCGUCUCCGAUUUCGUUUCCGACCUCCGCCAACGCCGCCGACGUCGCGAAGCCGAGCUCUGGGCCGCAGAGGCUCCCCGCGCCGGUGUUGUACGACUACGACACGAUCGUGAACAACGUCAAGCCCGCGAGGGCGUUGGUCGAAGCCGUCGAGGCCGCGUUCGCGGAGCUCGCGAAAGGGAAAGUCGAUGUCCCGCUCCCGAUGCACAUCGGGAUCGCGGAAACCGCCGCCGCCGGCCCCGGGGACUGCCACAUCAAGGGCGGAUACAUCGAAGGCGCGCCGACGUGGACGGUAAAGCUCGCGUGCGUGAGCUUCUACAAGAACGUCGAGAAAGGCCUUCCCGCGGGCAGCGGCGUGUUCGUCGUCUGCGACGCCACGAACGGCGGCCCGAAGGCGGUCCUUCACGAGAACCGCUACCUCACGGACAUGCGCACGGGCGCGGCGGGCGCCGUGUGCGUCAAGCAUCUCGCCCCCGACGCCAAGUCCGUCGCGUUCAUCGGCACGGGCGUCAUCGCCGAGGCGAUGGCGAAAGCCACGGCGACCGUGCACGGGUUCGAAGAAGCGUUCGCGUACGCGCGCUCGCCGCAGAAGAGCAGCAGCUUCUGCAAGAAGAUGACGAAGGAGCUCGGGUACCCGUUUUACGCGUGCGCGACGGCUGAGGACGCGGUGCGAAACGCGGACGUCGUCUUCACGCAAACCCCCGGCGGGGAGUGGGUCCUCGAAGAGCAGUGGCUCCGACCGCACGCGACGAUCAUCGCGUCCGGGUCCGAUCAGCCCACGAAGAACGAGAUCCCGCCGGAGAUUUUGAUGAACGCCAAGGUUGUCACGGACAUCACCGCGCAGUGCAGCCGCGUCGGCGAGCUUCGAUCCGCGAUCGAAGCCGGGCUCAUGACCGAGGCGAACGUCCACGCGGAGAUUGGUCAGAUCAUCUCCGGCGAGCGCGAAGGCCGCGUCGGGAACGAGAGGAUCGUGUGCGACCUCACCGGCACGGGCGCGCAAGACGCCGCGAUCGGGAGCUACGUCAUGGAA